GAAUCAAAAAUUCAAGCAAUAAAUGAAAUUAAAAAAGAAUAUAAAAAUAUUACAGAUAAUUUUGUUUCUCAAAAUUUGAUAUCUCAUCAACCUUCAACAAGUAAAUCUGCGAUGGCCAAUAUUUUUGCAAAAAGAAAUCAAACAAUCCUUACUCCAAUAUAUGAUGAAUUUAUUCGUUAUCAAAAUAAAGAUCUUCUUCCAGCUUUAGAAGAACAUGAUCCUUUUAAAUGCCCUAUCCCACAGA